UCUGUUGUUGAUGGCUUCUUGCUGCUAGAUUGAUGUAUCAUUUUACUAGAAGCAGUCAUCCCUUGCUUGCUAGCCAAUAUGAUAACAUUUAAUUGGUUGCAAAUUACAACGUAAUGGCGUCUUUACAAUGCUUCUUGUUUUCGUUCGUUAGCCAUCUUUCCGUCUGAUUCAGCACCCUUGACAGUUAAAUGGCAGUUCCCUUCAAAAUCCCCAAGAGAAAACAGCCAUCAGAAGCUGACAACAUGCACAUGCAGUCCCCUCUCUCACGUCUCCGGGAUACCUCCAGCCCAUUCGAGACAAGCUGGUGCAAUGGCUCUUCAAAUGGAAAAAGGCCUGAACAGGUUGGUUCUCUGAAUGGACACAUCCCCAGAGCAGGGAAACAGAGCACUCCUAACCGGCUAGUUCUGAGGGAUGUCUGUGAAGCGCGUCUUGGACCUGGCCAAUCAGACAAAUGGACCUCCAGCCAGUCAACAGGCUUCCAGAGACCAGCUCAGACCCCAGAACAUCAUCCACCAUCCAGAACACCUCACAUCCAAUUAAGCCCUGUGACAUCAUCAUCAACACACAAAGCUGAACAAAGACUCCCAGCAGCCUCUCCUCCCUGCUUCAAAAAUGGAUGGCGCCCUAAGAGGGCAUCAGACACACUGUGCCGGGACAAGAAUCAAGAGACUGGGUGUGUGUCGCCACUGCUCAAGACGCGCCGUGCAGAGUUCAGUGGAGAGAGAUCCAGCCCAGUGGAGUCGGAGCAGGAUUCUGCAUCAGAACCAUCUCCAGAAAGAGAGGUGGACAGUUCCUCAAAGACGGACGACCGGCUCUCUGUCUCCCCGGGAGACUCAACAUGGAGGAGACGUGACUCUGGGAUGAAUGGAUCUCCUCCACAAAACACAGAGAAGGAGGGGAAGGGAAGUUCAGGAUCACUGCAGAACCAGAUCAAGAGGACUAGUGGUUCACCAGGGACGGGCCCCAGGGGAAGUGUCCCUGUCCCAGCAGGCCACCGAAGCCAGAGCCCAGAUAGUGACGACUCUCCCGACCGCCCCUUGAUGUCAGGGGCCAGAGGUGCAUCCACAGGGUCCCCGAGACACCCCCUCUCCGCUGUGGCUUCAGUGACCCAGGCCACACAGGAGAAGCGGUUUUCCUUUAGCAGGCCUCCCCUCCGGGCUAACCUCACAGACAGAGAGAGCAGGCCUCCCCUCCGGGCCAAACUCACAGACCGAGAGAGCAGGCCUCCCCUCCGGGCUAAUCUCACAGACAGAGAGAGCAGGCCUCCCCUCCGGGCCAAACUCACAGACCGAGAGAGCAGGCCUCCCCUCCGGGCUAACCUCACAGACAGAGAGAGCAGGCCUCCCCUCCGGGCUAACCUCACAGACCGAGAGAGCAGGCCUCCCCUCCGGGCUAACCUCACAGACCGAGAGAGCAGGCCUCCCCUCCGGGCCAAACUCACAGACCGAGAGAGUAGGCCUCCCCUCCGGGCUAACCUCACAGACAGAGAGAGCAGGCCUCCCCUCCGGGCUAACCUCACAGACAGAGAGAGGAGGCCUCCAACCAAGUGUCUCUCCCUCCAUCUCAGGCUGAGGAGGCCCAAGCCCACUUCCACAGAACCUAUUGUGCUUUCCAGUGAGGAUGAGGAGGACAUGGAUGAUGAAGAAGAGUGCCCCAGGCUGAAGACCCCACAACAGAGCCCCAGGCAAGGCCAACCCACCCCAGAAGAACAUAUACCCAAACAGGCUGUGGUUGGAGAGAAGGUCACGGGGUCACAGAGCGUAUCAGAGCACCAACCUGGCAGCACACAGCCACUGCCUCCUAUCAUGGAACUGUCCUUCUCUACACUGCAUGCUGGGGUGGUCCGAGUGCAGGCCAAUGGAAACCUGGUGGUAACAGAUGAUGGCAUUACUCUACCGCUGAAAGAUUCCAGGGUGUCAUCCGAGGAGGAGGGGGGGGUGUCGGUGAGCCUGGUGGCGUCCCAGCUCAGAGGGUACGCGGUGUGGGACGGGGGUCUAGCCCAAGACGGGAGUCUCUUCCAGGGUUGUCCCGGACGAGCGGCCCCCUCCCUGCUCUUCCUCUGGGUGUCUGAGGCUCAGGCCAACCUGGUACAGACAGAGCUCUCAGCCCUCCACCCCGUUACACUGCCUGGUCAGGCCUGUCCAUUCCUCCUCCUGGUCCUAAGAGAACAGCUGGGUGAUCUGCAGGCUGCUCUGCUAGCCUCCAUGCUGGAUGUAGAGGCCUUCCGUCAGGGCCACUCCUACGACCUGAAGAGCCCCCUGUCCUGGGCAGACGGCCUGGCACUGAUACACAGCUGUCCCCAGGACGCCCACCUCCUCACCCUGCUGGGGCAGAGCCUGGUGGCAGACCCCGGCCUGGGGACAGCAAAGGGGAGCCCCAGUCGGACCAGAGGGAACCACAGAAGCAGAGAGCCUUACUCCAGACUCAAGGGCCUGCUGCCCACCAGGUUGAUCCAGUACCCACCACUCCCUUCUAAAGGAGGAAUCACCGUGACAACAGAGGACCUAGACUGUCUGGACAGCGGCCAGUUCCUCAAUGAUGUCAUCAUCGACUUCUACCUUAAGUAUCUUCUCCUGGAGCGGGCCCCGGGGCCCCUGGCAGAGAGAUGUCAUGUCUUCAGCAGCUUCUUCUACAAGCAGCUGACCCGCCGGGACACGUCCCUGGAGGAGGAGGCUGCCAUCCCGGCCAGGGACAGGAGACACCAGAGGGUGAGGACGUGGACCCGCCAUGUGGACAUCUUCAACAAGGACUUCCUGUUUGUGCCGGUCAAUCACAAAGCCCACUGGUACCUUGUGGUGAUCUGUUUCCCUGGCCUGGAGCAGGCCCAGCAUGAGGAGUGGUCCAGCCCAGCUGGAGUGGAGGCCAACGGGGGGAAGAGGAAAUGCCAGCCCCAGGCUUCAACUGGGCCUUCUCCAGAAGCCAGCAACCCCAAACUGCAGAAUGGAGCAGGUGGAACAGGGGGAGACAGUGGGAAACCUACAUCGAGGACCCACAACCCACCAGCGUGUACCCAAGAUGGUUGUCAGAGGGAGACCAUCAUUAAGAAACCCUGCAUUCUCAUCAUGGACUCCCUGAAGAUCUCUUACCAUGAGAGCAUCUAUAAGCUCUUGAGGGAUUACCUACAUGUAGAGUGGGAGGUACGUAGAGGAACACGCAGAGACUUCACUGUAGACAGUAUGAAGGCUUCCCACUGCACAGUCCCUGUACAGGACAACAGCAGCGACUGUGGCCUCUACCUCCUGCAGUACGUGGAGAGCUUUCUGCAGAACCCAGUGGUGCACUUUGACCUCCCACUGCGUUUGGAGCGCUGGUUUCUACGGCAACAGGUGUGGAGGAAGAGGGAGGAGAUCCGGAGCCUGGUGAUGGAGCUGCACGGUCGCCAAGGCAACGGCGGGAGCAGCUGCAGGUAGCCAAGGUACCUGAUCAGCAAUGCACUACUACUACAAUACCCCUAAACUGUGAAGGACUUAUACUUUUUAAAUGUACAAUACAUGUAAUAUUUAUACUAUUUUUGUAUUACUAUUUUUUUAAUAAAAUGUCACAGGAUGUUUGUUUCUCACUUGUAUGUAAUGUGCAUGUACAAAAUAAUAGGAUCGUAAAAUGGAAUAAAAUUGUUCAUGUAAUGUUUAGUUUUUAUGUUAUGUUAUAGAAGAGAGCAUUUGGAAUGGACAUAUGAGUGAGCGCUCAAAUCUAGUUCACUGAGCAAAAGUGUAACUCAUGUAUCCAGAACAGGUUUCUUUUUCAAAUGUCCUUAUGACUCACACAUAAGACCACUAUAAAUAUUAAAGUCAAUAUUACUCAGUUAUUCCUGUUCAGUGUGUCAGGCUGUUGUUUCUGACCAUCAGUCAUAAAGGACUCAAUAUGCACAUGAUUGUUUGCAGCUGCUAAACAAUAGUGUUAUCACUACAGACAAGUCAACACGUUGGCAGUGUUUUAGUUUUGGCUCCUCAUGUUGUAGCUGCUUAGUUUGUAAGGAAAAGCCUGUGUUCCAGUGGGGAACACUGAGUAAGCUUACACAAUGACCACUUGUAAUAUGAUGAUUAGAACAGCACCUCUCCCCUGUUCUGUUUACAGGCAGAACUCAAUUCCCCUUUGUGUUUGUGCUGUAUGAAAGUCUAUGGACCUGACUCACUCUGUCAUAAGAAACAGAAAUAACAUUCUCUCCACACAGUAAGGGUUUCCAUUUGAGUUUCUGUUUGUUUUCAAGGUGUAAACAUUGAUUUGUUAAUGGCAUGUUCAUAAUGAUGUAUUUACAAUGAUGUAUUUAUAAUGUGGUAUAUUCCUGGAUUAAAGAUGCCCCCAAAGUCUACCUAGCAACGGCUGGACAGAACUCUCUUCUGUCACCAUCACAAUAAUAUUGUAGAGCGAGAAUCCCAGAUAUGACCUUUUAAGUUAUUGUGUGUUUUUCACAUGGGUACAGUUAAUAGGUUUUUCAGUUUGGGUCGUUAACACUAAGUCUGAUAGGAUAUGUGCUUAACCAUAUGUACUUAAUUGGGUUAAGUUGGUACAAUGAGCGUUUUUGGAUAAUUGGAGUCCUUGGUGUAGCCUCUCACAGCAUGUGGGCCCCAGACAGAGCCCUCUUAGACAGGACAGAGCCCCCCCUCCCCCUACUGCUGUUGGAAGGGUAAAAGUCACCCCCCACACCUCCAAAAUGAGUUGGCCUACCCUUUUCCUAUUCGCCCCAUCCAAAUCUCUACCCCAUUGAUUUAGCUACUGUCAGAAAAUGGCCCCACUACUACAGUAUAUAAAUGAGUGUUUAUCAAUUCUUCCAUAUUGUUAUUCUAAUACUAUAUAAUUAUGUUGGCUUUAAUUCUGUCUUAUAGUUCAGUAAAAGCUGUAUAGUCAAAUGCAGUAGCGGGUUUGAAGGUCUAAGUUGUGCUGUUAAGGUAAGGCCAUAGGUCGACUGGUUCACUAUGGAUGGGCUUUACGGGGUUCAAGGGUUCCAUAGAAUGAACCAAGGACAUCCAUACUGCUUAACUCGUCUUAACCUUCCAGCUUACAACUACUAAUGCAUUGGUUUAGGGUCUGGAGAUCAGGACUGAGAUCAAUGUCCUUCCAAUAGACCGGUCCAGAUAGUCAACAGGUAGUCUGGAGACGUGUUUUAUAGAGAACCGUGUUAAAGCAGUUUGAAGUUUUGUUUUAAUUUACAGAUAGUUUAACCCAUUUAAAUGGGCUAACAUCAAAUCUACUUUAUAAUGACAAUAAAGAAACUCCAUUAAG